AUGACAUAUUGGAAGCAACCAAAACGCUCUUCAUUCUCAAAAUUUGUGCUGGUGGUGGUAGUGGUACUGAGCAACACAUUACUCUUUAAUACACUGGUGGAAGGAAUAAAAUUUGAUUUAGUCGCGACAGCAGCUGGCACGGACCAAUCAAAGUGUAUCUCGCAGUAUGUACCAGCUGAUACAAUGGUUGUAGUUAAGGUCAAAGUGGGAGUAGGGUAUAAUCAGAAAGUAGAAGUUGAGAUAACAGAUAAUAGUUCCGCGCAUAAUGUCUAUCGAAAAAAAAAAGAAACGAAUAGCGAUACACCAAUAGCCUUUACAACUCAAGCGGAUGCAGAUAUAAACAUUUGCUUUACGAAUACGCUUGCUGAUGGAUACUACCCAGAUCCGAAAUACCACCGCACAAUCGAUCUAGAAGUCGACGUGGGUGCAGAAGCAAUCGACUAUCAUGCCCUAGCGAUUGCCGAGAAACUGGCGCCAUUAGAAGCAGAACUUCGAAAAUUAGAACAGGUUGUGCAAGAGAUUGUUGACGAUAUGGAUUAUUUAAGGAGACGUGAAGCUCGGAUGCGAGAUACAAAUGAAUCAACAAAUGAACGAGUAAAAUGGUUUAGUCUGGGAACUAUGUUUGUGUUGAUUUCGUUGGGUGGUUGGCAAAUAAUUUAUUUAAAGAAAUUCUUUCAACGAAAACGACUCAUUGAUUAG